AUGGGUUUAACAGCCAGGCUGACUGUCGCGCGGGAUGUGGUGGCUAUCGACGCGCUGGUGAAAAAGGCAACGAAUGCAAAUGCCAACAGCACUCUCCUACUGGACGACAUCCCAUGUGCACGCCUGGGUCACGCGAACUCAGCCGUGGAGAGCUGGACGCGGGAGGCCGCAGAGCCACGCUUCAAGCUGGGCAGCAUGGCCUUUGUUCGUGUGUGCGCAACAGACCCCCUUUACGAGGCGAGUUCCAUUGAGGCGGCAUCCACGCUGCUGCGGAACGCGUUCCUACUCAUCCCCGCAUUGCAAACGCUGCUCAUGGUAGCAGGCGGCGAGCUCUCCUUCACAGAGCCAGGCAUCGCGUCGGUAUUUGCCCGCGUCAUUUCUAGUAAGGAGACUGGCGCAGUCCUGUACGAGGCGCCCCGGGAGGCAGUCGUACCGCCGUUGGCCAUUCGGUUAGCGCGCGUAGAGGACCAUGAUGACAUGCUGCCCAUUUUACAGCGCUGCGAACGCGCCUUUCCCGCCCUGGCUAAGCUGCCGGAGAGCAGCCGGCCCGAUGAGCCAUUUGCGCUGACACGCGUGGUGGCAGGACAGGAUGAACGAAACCGCGUGUUGGUGGCCGAGGCCGAUGGAAAACUCGUCGGCUUUAUCGUCAUCACGAGCGAUGUGGAUACCGGCAAUUUGGCGGAGACCUUCGACUUGCACCCUUUUGACAACUUCCUGCCGGUGGAAGUGUAUGAAAAGCAGUACGAGGAGGCACGGUUGGUCGUACGGGAGCGGAAGCUGGCGCACCUGCGUGCGGAGGCGGCGCGGAGGAAGCAGGCGGAGGCAGAGGCGGCGGAGCUGGCGGCGCUUGCUGCAGGCGGGGAUGAGGGAAGUACGGAGGCGGCUGCUGCAGCGCAGCCGCAGCCGCCGCUGCAGGCGGCGCCAGGGUCGCGGCAGGUCAGCGGCGACGGCAGCCCGGUAUCCGCCGAGGCCGACCAGCAGCAGCAGCAGCAACAGAGCGAAGGUGGAGAGGGCGUCGCAGCCGACAACGACACGAACACGCCUGCCGUACCGAGCGUCGACGCAGAAGAGGCAGCGUUGCUCGCGGAGGCGGAACCGACGGACGAGGAGACGCGUGCUGAGAUGCUGGCUAUGUUCGCCGGCACUCCCUUGGAGGUAGAGCCGACACUGUUCGCCGUCACGAUGCUCUGCAUGAAUUCCGCCUACGAGGCGCAGGCGCAUGAGUUCCUGGGCCCCUCUUUCGCUGCCUUCCCAGGCAAGCUGUACUGUGUCAUAACGCUACCGCACGACAGCCACGAGCCGGCUUUUAUGGACGCGAUGACGCGGGUUGCGCCAAUGCCAGGCAGUCUCUUUCCGGAGGUCCUCUUCAUGUUUAACCGCCACGCGCUCAUUCCGGAUUUCCAUGUCCGGCUGGGGACCCCGGACGACCUGGAGCUGGUCGCGGCUCUGGUGGCGGGCAUGCCCAAUUGUGCUGACAUCUGCGCGUCCUUCACCGGCGCCGCAGCUGCGGGCACCGCCGUCGUUGCGAUGUGUCAAAGCGAGCUCGUGGGGUUAUGCACCGUGAAUCCGGAAGUGGAUUUGGAGCUGCUGCAGGCAAAUUUCGCGCUCAGCGCACAUGUCGACCUGGCCUACCAGCCCCGGGAGCAGCACGGCGAGGUGGACAUGUACACGAUGAACCCGAUUUUCGUGCAUCGGCACCGCACGUUUCUGGCGGGCGCGAUGCGGCUGCUGGGCAAGGCGGCACUGUAUUACGCUUUGCCUCCUGGACAGCAGCCGCCCGACAUGCAGGAGGUGCUGGCCCAGGUCGCGCCGCGGCACCGGACUGCCAGCGAGAAGCAGCUACAGGCGGAGUUUGCGCUGUACGCGUUCACGCGACAGGCGGCGUUCAAGCGGCGUCGGUCUGUGAAUGCGCAAAUCGUCAUUGCGGGCGCCAGCGAGUGCGGUCUGGCGGUGCUGGAGCGCCUGCUGCUUGACCCUGAUCUGCAGUUCAACUACCUCACCUUGCUGGCGCCCGGUGGCAUCAAGGUCGGCGGCAUGGUCUGCCAAUACACCGCCGGCGUCAUCGCACGGCUGGGCCUUGAGGCGCGUGUACUGCUGCUGGACGCGGAGCUGACUGGCCUGGAGCGCGACAUCCGCGUCAUCCACCUGUCAGACAACUCACAACUGUCGUACAACCAACUCGUCAUUGCGACGGGCCUGCAGGACCAGAGCCGCUACCGUUUCGCAGAAGUCGACCCGGAAGUAGCUGGCUUGCUCGUUACGGAGCUGGAACUCGCCGCCGACUUUACCAUGAACGACGCGCUGGUCAUGAACAACAUCCUGGUGUGCGGUGGCGGCCUGGGCGCCUACCAUGCCCUCAGCGUGCUGGAAGCAAAGAGCGCAAUAGAGAAGACGCGCUUCCUGGUGCCUCCCGGACGUCAGGCGCAGCUGGUUGACGUGCUGUUGGGGAUGGCAGGGGAGCUUGGGUUGCAGCUGCCGCAGCCGGAGCCGCUGGAGCUGGCGUCGCUGGUGAUUGACAAGCCUGUGGGUCCGGAGUUGCACGCUACGGGUGUGGUGGUGAAUCCGGAGGACCCCUCAGCGCCGGAAGAGGAGGCGCCGGUGGACCUAGUGGUGGGCUGCGAGCCGGCAUCGGUGUCACAGGCGCUGUUCACGUGCCUUAAUGACGCCAGCCUGGUGUUCGACGGGCGGCUGGUGGUCGACAGCGCGUUCCGUACCAACGACCCAAGCAUCUAUGCCGGCGGCACUAUCGCCAAGCUGUCGCGGCGCUACGGCGGGGCGCACCUGGAGUUUUACAACAGCCGUGAUGUAGGCACCAAGCUGGCGGCAAGCCUGGUGGCGUGUUUCACGACUGCGGCGGCCGCUGGCGGUGACGGCCAGCCUGACGCCGCCGUGCUGCCGCCGCCGCCGCCACAGCUUACGGGUCUGCACCGCGCACGUGCACUAGGGUGCUCGCUGCCUGGUGGCUACCACUUCAUGUUUGCAGGCUGCCCGGCAGCGCAUGCCGCGCCGUCGCUGAGGGCGCAGCAGGGCGGCAGCGAGGUCGUUACCACCACCGAACGCGGCCAGAUGCGUCUUAACCUGGAUGCAGACGGUGUCGUACACAGCAUUAUGUACCUUGGGCGUGUGGCGGUUUCAGCGCAACGAAUGGGCUGCCUCGUGGGCCUCCACUCCAACUACCUUAACCAACUGCUGCCACGUUACCAUGCGGGUGAGAUUCGGGACCUGCUGGCCUUCCUGACAGAACCCUGGGCGGAGCUGCUGUACAACGAGGCCUUUAACGGGCUUCGAGAGACGCUGUUAGAGAUGGGCCUAACGAGCAUUUCGCUGGGCGAGCGAAACGCUGACGGCGGACUAGUCAACAGAGCUCCCUGGCUACAUCAUGCCGUCGGCGGCGAGGACAUAAAGCGGGAGGCCUUGCUGCGGCAUCUGGAGGGCAAAAACUGGGAAGAGCUGAGGUCCUUCGGACUAUGCCUGCCUGGCAAGCCGCUAGGGCCUGAGAAAAGAGGCACAGUGCAGUUUGGCGGUGUAGGAUAUAGCAAAGCCAUGUCGGUGAGCAUCCGUGCUGUUGGAGCUGUUUGCGGACUGCAGUUGGUGGUGCAGUAA